CGUUAAACUCACAAUUCGUACUCAAGUACAGAUGUGUCAUACCUCAUUGGACAUAUAUUCGAUGUGCCAUUUUCCUAAGAACUCUUAGAUAGUAUUAUGCCGUUAGAAAAGUGUUUCAUACACUUAAUUGUCUUUGAAAAAUAUCAUUGAAAAAACAGAAAAAAGUUAGCUUUAUAACAAUAACAAAAUUUAUUUUACAUUUUACUCCUAACUUUUGAGACACCCUUUAUAUGUAAGCGACUUGUACCAGUCUUAUGCACAAAUCAAAAAUAUUGCUUGGACAUUUGUUAACAUUUUGUAACUACUAUUUUAAGACAUAUUCUUGAUUAGAAUUUCAACGAUUAUUUGUUUAGACAGAUUUAGAAGUCUGUAGGAAGUAUUGCUUAUAAUGACAGUCGAAGCUUCAUAAAAUUAUCCUAGGACUUUCCAAAUUAUAUAAUUUCUAAUAAACAAUCCGCGCUACCAUGUUAUAAUUAUCAAUACUAGAUGUGAAGAAAAUUUAUGCUCUUUUUAAAAUCAUUUUAUUGAUUGAAUAUACACAAUUCAAAUAUUCUUUACAAAAUUUUCAUACAUAAUAGGUAUCUUUUAUUAAUUGCACGCAAUUUACUGUCAAAAUAGGUUAUGUACGUUAUUUUUUCUCUUUGAGAAAAGAACAUUUAUCGUAACAUUUAUUCUCGUAACACCUCGUGUUAGUAUCGGACGAUGUUAACCAUGAUAGAUGAUUAUUGGAUAUUAUUCAAUUUUCUCUCAUAUAUCAGUGACGAUAUACCUCUUUUUCGAUAAUCUCCAACAGUGUAUGCUUUCUUUUCAUCCAUAUCUAAACGCAAUGUUUGAGUGAUAAUAUAUAAUGUUAACAGGAAACAGUCUUCAACAUCAUGUGUUAUUCUUUCUUCUUCUUUUUUUUUCUUUGUAUUAUUGCAUGCGGUAAUAUCUAUCAUUUAAAAAAAAUAAGUUUUCAGUAGGAAAUAUGUUUGUAGUGUACAGCAUUCCAUUCAUUCAUUAAGAACAACAACAGCUAUGGUUAGUAGUUAGUUACAAAGAUGCAUGAAGUUCUGGCGUGGUUGUAAGAAUUGAUUGGCAAUGAUAAACAAUACAACAAAAAAAAAAUUUCCCUAAAUUAAUUUGGUAUUUUCAUGCAUGAUAGAAGAAAAGAAAAGAAACAGACCACAAUUUCUUUUAUGUUUCCAUAUGAUUUUUACAAUUAGUGUUAGUUUGAAAAGACGUUUCUAAUAAACGAUAUAUAGUAAAUGAGCGUACAAGUUCUGACAAUAUAUCAUAGCUUUACGUCAUCGUACGAUAAACACUUCAAUGUUCAAAUUUUAGGAAAUAUAGGAGAAUUACUUUUCUCAAAUGUUUCAGAUCUCUCUUUAUAAAAGUUAACGUGAAGUUCACUAUAUACAUAUCACAUAAGCCUACAUUAUGCCACUAAAAACAUCUUUUUAAUCAGCAAAUAAAUCCUGUUUACUGAUGGAUCUGUUCAAAUUUAUAAAAUUAAUGUGUUUUAUAACUUUUGUGCCCUAUCUAAAGUAUCGUCAUCGAUCAGUUCACCCAUCCCAAUUUCAAAUUUAAACGUUCGUUCCUUUAAAAACACAAAAACAAUAUAAUGACAUACGAUGCAGAAAAAAAACGUAUUUUCGCUCAUCUUUAUAUCGUUCGUUGAGAAAGUCCUGAAAACACUCUGCUACAAUGCUUUAUUAUUAAACUAUUAUUCUAUUACUAUUUAGAUGACGAAAAUAUUGAAAAUUGGCAGCCAUCGCUAUUUAUUGUUCAAAAUACUCUAGAGCCAUCGCAAACUGAAAUUAUUUCUCGUUCCACUACUGUUAGCGGUGAAAUGUUUCCAUCACAUUGGUAUGAAUUACGCGUAGAACGUCCAUUACAAGAUCCCACAACCUUGAAUGAACAUGACACACUUCAUUUAUCAUGUAAAAUAUCUGGACUACAUAUCGACAAAUUUACAUGGUUCAAAAAUGGUGAACUCAUUGCAACAUGUACACAAACACCAACAACUGAUGAAUCGAAAACUCAAGAUAAUGGAGAAUAUUGUGCAUCGUAUGAUACUUUACCAGCACAUUUCAUUGCUUUAUUAACUGUUGAUAACGUCAUGAAAGAUCGACAUGAAGGUAAAUACGAAUGUCGUGCAGCAAAUAUUCAUUAUCGUAUAUCGUCAUCUUGUAACGUUAUGAUUUUUAACGAUAAACAAUUAAAACGACAUCAUGAAUCAGCGGAAGACCAACAAGAACAAAUACAGCAAAAACGUCAACAUUUCGAUGUACCGUUAAGUACAGAUCACCAACAGUUUGUAUCAUAUUUACAACCGAUGAAGUCCGAUGAACUCGGACAACAUCAAUUAAGACGAUCGGAUCAAUGGAUGAUGAAUGUAAUUGAUUCAUCGCGAAAUAUUCAUCAACAACUAUCAGCACAAACAAUUCCACCAUUAAAUGCCGUAACACGAGUCUUGGCGAGCCAUCCUCAAAUCAUUGAACAAAAAAGAUCAGAAACAAUAUUGCCAUUUCAAUUACAACAACAGAGAGAACUUCAAAUCGUACCAGAGAGAAUUCAAAAUCAGUCGCUCUUAAACUUAAAACAGCGAAUAUUUCCAGUGUCUAGCGAAAAUCAAGAAUACCAAAUGUUUCAUACGGAAAAUGAAUCAACUAACUUAUUAAACCAAAUACGACAGGAGAAAAAGCAAGAAAUAUUUCCUCCAUCGCAGAUGCCAGGUAAACCAGAAAGUUAUUUUGAAAUACUACAGCAACAUCACCAAAUGCCUUCCGAUAAACUGACUGAUCAGGAGCGGCAGUUACUUGAACAAUCAAUCGAGCAAACGAUCAAACCAUCAGUUCAACAACAACAACGUCAAUCUGAAAUAUUUCCUCCAUCGCACAUGCCAAGUAAACCAGAAAGUUAUCCAGACAUACCACAGCAACAACAGCAAAUGUCUUCUCAUAAACUGACUGAUGAGGAGCGGCAGUUAGUUGAACAAUCAAUCGAGCAAACGAUCAAACCAUCAGUUCAACAACAACAACGUCAAUCUGAAAUAUUUCCUCCAUCGCACAUGCCAAGUAAACCAGAAAGUUAUCCAGACAUACCACAGCAACAACAGCAAAUGUCUUCUCAUAAACUGACUGAUGAGGAGCGGCAGUUAGUUGAACAAUCAAUCGAGCAAACGAUCAAACCAUCAGUUCAACAACAACAACAACGUCAAUCUGAAAUAUUUCGUGCAGCGCAUAUGCCAGGUGAGCCAGAAAGUUAUCCAGAACUACGACAAGAACAAAUACAUGAAAUAUUUCGUCAAUCGCAUAUGCCAGGUAAACCAGAAAGUUAUCCAGAAAUACCACAGCAACAACAGCAAAUGUCUUCUCAUAAGCUGACUGAUGAGGAGCGGCAGUUAGUUGAACAAUCAAUCGAGCAAACGAUCAAACCAUCAGUUCAACAACAACAACGUCAAUCUGAAAUAUUUCGUCAAUCGCAUAUGCCAGGUAAACCAGAAAGUUAUCCAGAACUACGACAAGAACAAACACAUGAAAUAUUUCGUGCAGCGCAUAUGUCAGAUGAGCCAGAAAGCUAUCCAGAACUACGACAGCUACAUCAGCAAAUGUCUUCUCAUAAGCUGACUGAUGAGGAGCGGCAGUUAGUUGAACAAUCAAUCGAGCAAACGAUCAAACCAUCAGUUCAACAACAACAACGUCAAUCUGAAAUAUUUCGUCAAUCGCAUAUGCCAGGUGAGCCAGAAAGUUAUCCAGAACUACGACAAGAGCAAACACAUGAAAUAUUUCCUUCAUCGCAUAUGCCAGGUAAACCAGAAAGUUAUCCAGAAAUACCACAGCAACAACAGCAAAUGUCUUCUCAUAAACUGACUGGUGAAGAGCGGCAGCUAGUUGAACAAUCGACCGAGCAAACUAUCAUACCAUCAGUUCAACAACAACCACAUCAAUCUGAAAUAUUUCAUGCAGCGCAUAUGCCAGGUGAGCCAGAAAGUUAUCCAGAAAUACCACAGCAACAACAGCAAAUGUCUUCUCAUAAACUGACUGGUGAAGAGCGGCAGUUAAUUGAACAAUCAAUCGAGCAAACCAUCAUACCAUCAGUUCAACAACAACAACGUCAAUCUGAAAUAUUUCGUCAAUCGCAUAUGCCAGGUGAGCCAGAAAGUUAUCCAGAAGAACGACAAGAGCAAACGCAUCAAAUAUUUGCUCCAUCACAUAUGCCAGGUAAACCAGAAAGUUAUCCAGAACUACGACAGCUACAUCAGCAAAUGUCUUCUCAUAAGCUGACUGAUGAGGAGCGGCAGUUAGUUGAACAAUCAAUCGAGCAAACUAUCAUACCAUCAAUUCAACAACAACCACGGCAAUCUCAAGAAAUUGUACGAUCGAGCACUAAUGAACGGCAAGAAUCUGCCUCUUUUGCAGAAACUCCAUUUAGCAUAGCUAACCCUUUUCCUGAUUCAACGCCAUUACAAGCACAACGGCAACGUGAUUAUCCACCGGCUCAGCCACUUCAGAAAUCUUUACAGCAUGUCUUUGUACCGCCAUCUUCUUCGGAUCGUGAUAGUAGCGUCGAAUUAGAACAAACACUUCGUUAUCAUAUGCAACAACAGCAACCUGCUGGUCAGCAUCAGCAAUAUCAAACGCAACUCAUUGAUAGUAGUAGUAGUUCGGCUGAAGAACAAUAUUUAAAAACGGAGGAUUUAAAUUUUAGCCCCGUGUUCUUCCAAUUAUUACAAGAUAUCCUAUGUGAAGAAGGUGAACCAAUUCUACUAUCAUGUCAAGCAAUGGGCGGGCCAAAUUGUCGAAUGACAUGGUAUUUUAAUGAACAACCAAUUCGACAAGAUAAUCUAAAAACGCAUUAUAAUGUUGAUACUGGUAUUUGUUUACUAAAAAUCGACAAUGCUACUGAAUCAGAUAGUGGAUUGUAUCGUGUCGAAAUUGAUAAUGGACGAGGGAUAGUUAACAGUUCGUGUUAUGUAACCGUUCAACGGCGUCAGUUAUCCGCAAUACCAGAUAAUGCUCCAUUUGAACCUAUAUUUAUCGUUCAAUUAGAUCCGACGUAUACAUUUACCGAUGGUGAAACACUUCGUUUGCAAUGUGUAGUACAUGGAAAAUCUCCACUUGAAAUUAAAUGGUAUAAAAAUGAUGUGCACAUCUCUGUAAAUGACCGUAAUGUUCAGUCAACACAAAUAUACUUUGAUCAAGUAACGGGAAAAUGUACAUUAACUUUGAGAGACAUCUAUCCAUCAGAUUCUGGACAUUAUCGAUGUGAAGCGACAAAUGAAUAUGGACAAGCAAAUACAUAUUCACAGAUAAAUAUCAAUCUUUUUCAAUAUGAAGCUGAUAGUGAAAUAUCAUCUAUUUCUUAUGCUUCUAAAGAUGAACGUCAACUAUCGUCAUCUUCGUCAAGUGAUAGUGAUGAAAUUGAACUUGUCAAUGAUUCACGAUCAUCAUCAUCAAGUCGAAAAGUUAUAAAUGAAUCGAGAAGAAUUGUUGAAGAAUUAGAAAAACGUAUUAAAGAUAUAUAUCACGAUGAUAAUUAUAUUAAAGUUAAUCUGGUACAGACGGACUUAGUUUCAAUUAUAUCAAGUUCUAAAGUUUUAGUACGUAUAAUGGCUAAUAAACCAACUGGUGGUGGUGAAACACCAUCUGAUGAACGUAUUCCAAAAUUUAUUCAUAUUGAUGAUGAUAAAAUUGAAAUAGAAGAUUCAGUUCAAUUUGGUUUUGAACAUGAAUUAAAAUCAAUCAAUGUUAAACAAGGUGAACAAGCACGAUUUGAAGCAAAAGUUCGUUUAUUAUCAAAGACAACGGGUGUUAACAAAGAUUUACUUCACGUCGAAUGGCGUUUAAAUGAUGUAUUAAUAUCAUCAACAAAUCCCCGUUAUCGUUUUGGUUCAAAUCGUGAUGAAUGGCGAUAUUGGUUAGAUAUUCGACAAUGUGAACAAAUUGAUGAAGGAGUUUAUACAAUACAAAUUCAAUAUGAACAAUUAAUUGAUGAAUCAUCAGCAUAUCUAUUUGUUGAUAGUGUUACACAAAAGGAGGAGAAAUUAGAGCAAGCACAACAAUCACUUACUACUACUGAUAAUGAAUCAUCAAUAUUUGAAUCAAAUCGUCGUGAUGAAGAAUCAACAGUAACAACAAAUCUAUUUUCUUCAGCUACUUCAGCAAACAUAUCACCAUCACUUGAUCGCUUUCAACCACCCAUCAUUACUAAUCCAUUACCUCGUACAUCACAUAUUGCUGAAAAUGAUCGUUUAACAUUUACUGUUGAAUAUUUUUCACCAUCAGUUCAAUGUCGUUGUACUUGGCUUCGUAACGGUAACGAAGAAAUACGACAUGGAAUUCGAAAUACAAAUUAUUCAUCAACAUUAACUAUUGAGAAUGUAACACGAGAAUAUGAUGAAGGCACUUAUACGUUUAAUGUGGAAAAUGUGUACGGUAUGGCAUCAAGUCAAACCAAUGUGACCAUCAGUGAUGGUACAGGGAAGAGAGAAAUUGAAGAGCAAGAACCAUAUGAUCAGUCAUUUGGUAAUCUAUUAGCAAUAAACAAAGCAAAAGAACCAACUCUCUCACAUGAUACCAGUCGUUUACAAUUGAAUAUUCCCCCUCAAAAACGUAUAAGUAUGGUUCAUCAAACGCCGAUAGGCGAAAAAUCAUUUGAAACAGAAGAUAUACAUGUUCGUUUACCAGGUGAAACAGAUGAAGAACUUAAUAUUACUAUACAAACGGAAUUGGCACCUACACCACGAUUAUCGAUGACCGACGAAUUAAUAACAGAUGGAUCAGCACAAUUACAAAAAAUCAUUGACGAUGAACGACUGUUGUUAAAACGAGUCUCCGAAUUUGAACAAGAAAAACAAGAUGAUACGAUAACGCCAUUAGGCGAUAAUACUAAAAAGUUAAAGCGUAUUUUACAGCCUAGUGAUGAUGAUGAUCGAGCACGUCGACAACAAUUUGCAAAAGGCGUUCAACAAUCAUUAGAUGAAGUUAAUUUAAAAGCAUUUUCAACCGAUAUAUCACGUUCACGUUUAUCAUCAAAAGAGGCGCAUCAUCAUGAACAGAGCGAGUAUUUGGAUUUAUCAGACAGUGGAAGAAUUGAUGAACAAAACGAAACUAUCGAUCGACAAAUAUCAGACAACGCGCUCAUCACUACGAAAACAAAAUUAGAUAGCAAACUUAAUGUCGUGUCAGCUACAACUGAUGAAACUGAAACUAAAUCACAAGCGUUAUUAACCAAUGAAAAUAAAACGGUUCAAAACCAGUUAGAACCUCGCGAUGCUGAUACUCAUACUACUGAGACUCCUGUUAUUCAAGAGUCUCAAAGCAUUCCAUUAUUAACGACAAAACUAGAUGAAGAAGUACAAAGCAUUCCAAAUAAAACGACUGUUGGCAUCCAGGGCGCAGACAAGAAUAUUACAAUGGAAACGGUUAAACAACUUAAUGAGAAACAGCAGCAGCUAGAACAAACCAGCAACGUUACUAGUUCCCAACUGGACCAGAUUACCACGCCAACCGCAACCGAACAAGUUCAACCAGUCACAUCGACUAUGACUACUGAAACUAUUCAAAUACAGCCAGCUGAUUUAAUACAAACACAAGAGGCAAUUUCAACGGUUGACGACUGGUCACAAUUGACGGGUGAAACCACAUCACAACUUGUCUCAGGAAGUAUAGAUGCAUCAAGUAAUAUUGCACCACCGGCUCCAUUGAUCACAGAAAACGUUGGAGGGGCUUCGGACAUUGUUCAAUCAUUACCGGAACGUCGAGCAUCACGCGUCUCAUCGCUCAUCUUAACAGCUGAUGAAAAUUUCGAUCAAAUCCCACAACAACCGACUAUUCAACGAUUAGUUGUCGGACAAAAAUUAGACUCUGUUAAAGUACCACAUAAUUUACCUGAGGAACCAUCGAGUCAUCAAGUGAGACAAGUUAGUCAGCCUACAUUGGUACAAGAACCUUUGGAAGACAUAGUGUCCGUCAAUAUCCAACAGCGACGUAUCAAAUCUCUUGAUGAAGUUAUUCAUGAGGUGCAACAAAUUUCUGAUCAAUUACAACAGUAUCAGGGACGAUUGGUGAUACAACCAACAAUCGUAGGUGAAUCUUUCGACGAUGAGGUUUCGACGAAUAUUGAACAAAGGCGUUUGGCCAUAAAAUCUCUUGAAAAUGUUAUUGAAGAAGUCAAGAAGAUAUCUGAUGAAUUAAAAUUACACAAAACAAGAUCCGUCAUACAGCCAAGUUUAGUUGGAGAGGAUCUUGAAAAUGAAUACUCAACCACUGUUGAACAAAUACGUACUAAAUCACUCGAUCUAGUAAUUCAAAAAGUACAAAAUAUUACUCAAGAAUUGCAAGAAUUUCGAGCACGAUCCAUCACACAACCGAUGCUGAUCGAUAUUCCAUUUGAAGAGACACUAUCAACACAACUUGAACAAAGAGUACCAAUCAAAUCAAUUGAUCAAGUCAUAGAACAAGUUCAACAAAUUUCGAACGAAUUAAAACAAUAUCAGGCACGAUUAGUUUUACAACCGUCACUUGUCGGAGAAUCGUUCGAUGGUGAGUUUUCGACCUCAGUUGAACAGUUACGUCGUCCGUUAGGACAAACAUAUGAUCAACAAGAGAAUCAACCAAAACAAGAGUCUUCCAGUGAAUCAACGACGACCACCCAGCAAGAAACUGUUUCCACUACAGAACAGUUUCAGUUGGAAAACAAAGCACAUCGACCAUCUUUCAUUGCUAUACCAUCAUAUGGCGCUGAAGUUGAGUUUGAUGUAUUACCAGAAUCAAUACAUCAGAGACUUAUACCAAAAAAACAAAGACUCACGACCACUGAAACCAUGGAAAUAGAAUCAAAAGAUCAAACGGAAACGGUCACAUCACCACCUUCAUCGGAUUUAAUACUAAGAUCUCGUCUAUCAUUAAUCCAAGCUCGUGCGCCAGCUGCUGAAACCGAUUUAGACCUAGUGCCACCAUCAAUUGAUCAACGUAUUGCGCCAAAUGAGCGAUUAGCAGAAAAAAAAGACAUCGAACAACAACAACAAGUUAAAACUCCUGACGAUGUUUUCGAAGAGCUAUUGGUCGCACAACCGACUACAGAACAAACAUUCAUCGUCUCUGAAGAUCAAUCUCAAGCACUGCAAAAACCAUUAGCUGAAAUCGAUCAACAAAUGACCAAAGAUCUUCAAAAGCUUCAGACAAGUCUACAUUCUACACCAACUUCAGUCAGUGAAUCGAUGGAUGAACUAAUUUCUUCUUCAAUUGAACAACGAAUACUAAAGAAAUCAUCAAAAAAAACCGAGAAGGAUGAAGUAAUCGAAGUCUCAGAUGAAGAAAGACAGCAAGACAAACCUAAAAGACCAAAAGAUUUGCCAAUAGAAGAAGAAGCACCGAAAAUAACUACCGAAUCGCCGUUUCUUACACCGGCUACGCCGGAAACAAGCGAAACUAUUGUCGAUCAAAUUUUAGAGAAAGCUGAAACACUGCCAGGUGAUAUUCAGAAAGUCGUUGGCUUAGAACACAGCACUGAAGUAUCUGAACAACCAGUUGUUCAACAAUUCAUACCGAUUUCUCCAGAACCAUCAAUGCAAUUAGACGAUAUAAUUCAAGAACUUCGAAGCGACAUGAUGUCACUACCUGAAAAAAUAGAUAAUGCCUCGUCGGUGUUCCAAUCUAACAUUAUCCAUGAAGACCAAAUACCGCAGUCAAAAGUAUCAUUUGUUACUGAUGCACCAGUCGAGUUGCACUCAGAUACUGAUUUAAACUUGGAAAAUGUUCAAACUUCACCAAAAAUAGAAGAAUUACUCCAAGAAAUUAAUCAAAAGGCAAGAGCGCUUGAUGCAUUAUCACAACAAACGGAAGUCCAAGAUAAACAAAAACAAAUUCAAAUUGCUGAAUCAGCACUAGAUGCAAGCAAAGCGCUUAUGCUCGAAUUAGAAGCUGAGGAAAAACCAAUUGAUGAUCCAAAAGCCAAAAUGCAACAACUCGAAAGUGUGCCAUCAAAUCAAAUAAUAUCAACUAUUGAAGAAACUGAGAAGAGAAAAGAAACAGCUCAAAAUGUUGUUCAAAACUUGGAAAACGUUUUAGAGGUAUUGAAAGAGAAAGAAGUGAUUGGGAAAUCAGAUACAUCGAUUUUACACGAACAGGCACUUUCAGCUUCUUCACAAAAUGUCGAUUUGAAGGAAGAGCAUACGCCGAAAGAUGUCAUAGAUAAUAAAGCUGUACCACAACUGUCACAAAGUAUUUCUAAGCCGACUGAAAUAAAUCUGACAAAAACCGUCACAGCAGAACAGCAAACUCAACAACUUCCCGCUAUCGACCGAACAAUCACUGAACAACAAGUCUCUAAGGAAGAUCUGCCGGUUAAUUCAACUACAACCACAAGCGAUAAGAUAUUACACGAUACUCUGACUGAGUCAGUACCUCAAAAACCAUCGGAACUUGUCAGAUCCGUGGAAAACGUAGAUCAAUCUUCGACAAAAACUGAUAUAACGUCUGCGCAAGAACCGUCCCUACCACAACCGACAUCAGAGAAACAAAAAAUCGCACAACCACAGACAACACAGCAAACCACAUCAACCAAACCAGUACAACAACCAGAUAUACAAAAAUUCACAACGCCCGAGCUGCUAUCCACGCUACCACAAGCUAAACCUGUCGUUCACGCAGAUGACCGCAGUAUUGAAAACCUGACUAUGCUUCAGUCACACGACAUUAUUUCCGAUAACAAUCUUACAACAACUAUCCCACACAUCCAAGAAAAGCCAAUUGAAUUAAUGAAAUCGACGACAGAACAACAUAUCGACGCACCCUUACCCACACCCGCGCUAAUCAAGACAGCAGAAACCAUUCUUGAACAAACGAAACAUGCACAUACCAACUUAAAUCAGCCACAAACAUCAGUACCAUACGCAAUCGCAGAUGAAUUUACUACAGGAACUCAACUUCCAACAGAAGUUACCUUACAACCAGAUCAGCCGAAAACCACAACAAUCAAACCUGAAACGCCUAACCUACAACAACAACGACAACAAAUAGCGACAACCACCAGUGAAAAACACGACGUUUUGAAAGACGAACAAAAACCAACUCAGACAGUCCCCGAGGCUACAAAAGUCGAAGAAGUCAUAUCCACAUCUCAAGAUGCCAAACCUGCUGCACAACAAAACGUUGAAGAAGCGCAAAAGAUGGAAGGCAAACCGGAGGAACCAGUCAAGAAACCGACUGCGAAAAAAGAUGUUCCGAAAGACGAACAAAAACCAACUCUGCCGGUCACCGAGCCUACCAAAGCAGAAGAAGCCAAACUUCAAGACAUUAAACCACUUGCACAACAAAAGGUUGAAGAAGUGAAAAAGGUGGAAGCCAACUCAGAGGAAACGGGGAAGAAGCUGGAAGCAAAACCCGGGGAAGCAACCAAGAAGCCAACGCAGCAAAAAGAUGUUCAGAAGGACGAACAAAAACCGACCCAACCUGCCACCGAGCCUGCCAAAGUUGAAGAAGCCAAACCUCAAGACGCUAAACUUGCUGCACAACAAAAGGUUGAAGAGGUGAAAAAGGUGGAAGCAAAACCAGAGGAAGCAGCCAAGCAGCCGACAGAUAAAAAGGAUGUUCUGAAGGACGAACAGAAACCAACUCAGCCGGUCACAGAGGCUGCCAAAGCUGAAGAAGCCAAACCUCAAGACGUUAAACUUCCUGCACAACAAAAGGUUGAAGAAGUGAAAAAGGUGGAAGCAGAGUCAGAGGAAGCAGCCAAGAAGGUGGAAGCGAAACCAGAGGAAGCAGCCAAGAAGCCGAUUGAGAAAAAGGAUGUUCCGAAGGACGAACAAAAACCAACUCAAUCGGUCACCGAGCCCACCAAAGUCGAAGAAGCCAAACGUCAAGAUGCUAAGCCUGUUGCUCAACAAAAGGUUGAAGAACUGAGAAAGGUGGAAGCGAAGUCAGAGGAAGCGGAGAAGAAGGUGGAAGCAAAACCAGAGGAAGCAGUCAAGCAGCCGACAGAUAAAAAGAAUCUUCCGAAGGACAAAGAAAAACCGAUCCAACCUGCCACUGAGCCUGUCAAAGUGGAAGAAGCCAAACCUCAAGACGUUAAACUUCCUGCACAACAAAAGGUUGAAGAAGUGAAAAAGGUGGAAGCGAAACCAGAGGAAGCAGCCAAGGAGUCGAUUGAAAAAAAGGAUGUCCCGAAGGACGAACAAAAACCAACUCAACCGACCACUGAGCGGGUCAAAGUUGAAGAAGCCAAACCUGAAGACGUUAAACUUACAGCUACACAACAAAAAGUUGAAGAACUGAAAAAGGUGGAAGCGAAGUCAGAGGAAGCGCCGGAGAAGAUGGAAGCAAAACAAGAGGAAGCAGCUAAGAAGGUGGAAGCGAAUGUGGAAGAAGCCAAAGCCAAACCUCAAGACCUAAAACCUGCCGCACAACAAAAGGUUGAAGAAGUGAACAAGGUGGAAGCGAAACCAGAAGAAGCAGCCCAGAAGCCAACUGCUAAAAAGGUUGCCCCGAAAGACGAACAAAAGCCAACUCAGCCGGCCACCGAGCCCGCCAAGGUUGAAGAGGCCAAAGCGAAACCUCAAGAUGUUAAACCUGCUGCACAGGAAAAGGUGGAAGAAGUGAAAAAGGUGGAAGCGAAACCAGAAGAAGCAGCCAAGAAGCCGACUGAUAAAAAGGUUGCUCCGAAAGACGAACAAAA